AUGUCUCCCGUGCCGCACUGGGGACCGUCGGGCCUGGCACAGCAGACGAACACUGGGCCUGAUCACCACCACGAUCAGCGGAUGACCCAUCACAUCUACCGUACCCAAAUCAAUGCCCCGUUCAGAAUCGCCCCCAAUCACCCAGGUAUCCGUCUAGACUACGGAGUACAGAGCGGUGUAUCUUCAAUUGAUGCGGCAGAGACUUCAAUAAAGGCCAAGCCUCGGGUCGCAAAGUUCAACAUUAUGGCCCGCCCGUUGGCCGUUCUGAUCCCCAGCAGCCACCACCAUCAAGAACAACGGAGCCACCCCAGACAGAAGCGCACACUCCUCUUCGCUGGGAAGACGGUGAUGCAUGGACACUUUCCUCCCCGGGUACACAAUGCCUCAACGAUCAAAGUCCAGGAUUCGUCAACCAUAAUGGGCAACCCUUGA